AGAAGUAACGAUCAUAACUGAGAGCAGGCCCGUCGUUACUCACCCGUGUGGGGUAGUUGUGAACGGGGGUUUCGAUAACAGCCAUGGCCCUGUGAUCGCCAGCCACACAACAAGUCAGCUAAUUAACUUUUUUUGUUUUCUUGAAACAAGCAGCUACGAGACGCCGCUUUGACUUUAAAAAAACACACAAAGUUUGAAAACGUUUUUACUGCCAGCUAAAUUAGUUAGCAUCGCUUAGCUUUAAAAAGACGCAGCUAGCUAUUCGCCAACCAAGCAAAACCUCCAAAUUAUUAGAUCCUGGUGUCUAUUUCAAGAUGUCAAGUGCGGGAUUUAACUCUCAAAAUGGGACAGGACAGACGUAUGCGAAUGGUCCGUCACAGAAUCCAGUUGCCAUGCAGCAGCUGCCAGGGGUCAGCUACGGCAUGACUCACCAACCAACCUACAAUCCAAUGCAGGCCAAAGCUCCCAUGCCCCCUGGUCCUGGACUCUAUCCCUCUGGGCCAUACCAGCCUGCUCCCUCAGUCAACUCAUACCAGUCUGGCCCACCACCCACCUCUUACCCGGCUGCUCCAGGCCAGCCGCUGUUGACUAGGCCUCCUAUGGGAAUUGCUUCAUCACAUACUCCUCCUCAGUCUGCCAGCCCCAGCCCUGGUCCGAGGCUUCCCCCUGCACAGGGCACACCUCCCCCUCCGGCUGUGUCUUCUAGUAGCUACUACCCAAACCCCCAGCAGCAGCAGCAGCAGCAUCAUCAGCAGCAGCCGCCCGUGGCUCCAGCAUGGCAGUACAACACAGCUCCACCACCGAUGGGGCCAACCACUUCUUCCAUGAGUGCACCACCUCGUGGCCCUGUGGCAAAUCAUGUGAACCCAGCUGCUAGCUUGACACCACAACCACCACCAUCAUCAGCACCUUACAGCUCUGCACUACCAGCCCCCGUGUCCCAAAGCGCCACCCAGCCACCAGGCCCAGGGAUGGCACCCCCCACCUCUUUGCAUGGAUACAUCCAGCCAGUAGGCACGGCACCCCUACCAAUGAAUCCCAUGACUCCCCACACAUAUCAGCCCAGCAGAGCUCCCUAUGGGCCCCCACCUACAGGUCUACCACCAACCAUGAAACCUGCACCCCCUCCCACUGGACCCCCAAUGGCCAAUGCCACACCUCCGCCACCACCAAAGGCAGAUGGAACUGUGGCUGGCAAUGGCCCACAACCAUCUAACAGCUAUAAUCAUGUUGACAACAAAAUGGCUGGUCCACCUCAGCCUGGACCUCCAGGUCGGCACUUGGGUCACUACCCCUCCCUUCCCCCUGGGUACCAGCAGAGCUCUGCUCCCCCCAACGCCACCUCCCCCAUGCACCCUGCGAUGCAGGCCGCCACGCAGCCUUACAGUCAAGGACCUCAGCAAUACCAGCAGCCACCUGGUGGUCCCGGGCCAGCCCAGCUGAGCCCAUCCUUGGCGGCCAUGAGCCUCCAGUCCAGCACCCCAGAGGCCCUGAGAGUGGUCAACCUGCUGCAGGAGAGGAACCUGCUACCACCAACUCCAGUUCCUGCCCCGAUACCUCCCCUGCCCCAAGAUCUGCAGAAGAUAAACUGCCACCCAGAGGUUUUCCGUUCUACACUGACCAGCAUCCCUCAGACCCAGUCUCUGCUCAAUAAAGCGAAGAUGCCACUAGGCUUGCUGCUCCAUCCUUUCAAAGACCUCUCGCAACUUCCUGUGGUGACAUCCAGCACCAUCGUCAGGUGUCGGUCCUGCAGAACAUACAUCAACCCCUUCGUCUCCUUCCUGGACCAGAGGAGGUGGAAGUGCAACUUGUGCUAUCGGGUCAAUGAUGUUCCAGAGGAGUUUAUGUACAACCCAGUCAGCAGAUCGUACGGAGAGCCACACAAAAGACCCGAGGUCCAGAACGCCACCAUCGAGUUCAUUGCUCCUUCAGAAUACAUGCUGAGGCCACCACAGCCUGCUGUUUACCUCUUUGUUCUGGACGUAUCCCACAAUGCAGUGGAGACGGGCUACCUGAAUGUGUUCUGUCAGUCACUGCUGGACAACAUCAAUGCGCUUCCUGGAGACUCGCGGACAAAGGUAGGCUUCAUCACCUUUGACAGCACGAUCCACUUCUACAACCUCCAGGAGGGGCUUUCCCAGCCUCAGAUGCUCAUUGUUUCUGACAUUGAAGAUAUCUUUUUACCAACACCAGACAGCCUUCUAGUUAACCUCAAUGAAUGCAAAGAGCUUGUGCAGGAUCUUCUGAAGAGCCUGCCAACUUUAUUUGAAAAGACUAUGGAGACCCAGUCUGCCCUGGGUUCUGCCCUGCAAGCAGCCUUCAAGCUGCUGUCGCCCACUGGAGGGCGUCUGUCUGUUUUUCAGACCCAACUGCCUAACCUCGGUGUGGGGGCACUCCAGUCCAGAGAGGACCCCAACCAGCGGGCAUCUGCUAAGGACAUCCAGCACUUAUCCCCAGCGACAGACUUUUACAAGAAGCUGGCUCUGGACUGCUCUGGUCAGCAGGUCGCUGUUGACCUGUUUCUGCUCAGCGCUCAGUACUGUGACCUGGCAUCACUUGGCUGCAUAUCCAGAUACUCGGCAGGGAGCGUUUACUACUUCCCCUCCUACCACCACCAGCACAACCCCGCCCAGGUGGAGCGUUUCCAGAAGGAGCUGAAGAGAUACAUAACCAGGAAGAUUGGCUUCGAGGCUGUCAUGAGGAUACGCUGCACCAAAGGUCUUUCCAUCCACACGUUCCACGGAAACUUCUUUGUGCGCUCCACAGAUCUGUUGUCUCUCCCCAACGUGAACCCAGACGCUGGCUUUGCAGUUCAGAUGUCUAUCGAGGAAAACCUGGACGACAUGCAGGUCGUCUCUUUCCAGGCUGCGCUGCUUUACACCUCCAGCAAAGGAGAGAGAAGGAUCCGAGUCCACACCUUGUGUCUCCCCGUGGUUAAUUCUCUGUCAGAUAUCUUUGCUGGGGCCGAUGUUCAAGCCAUCAGUGGACUGCUGGCUUGCAUGGCUGUGGACCGCUCAGUGACGGCCAGUCUGAGUGACGCCAGAGAUGCGAUGACCAACGCUGCCAUUGACUCGCUGAUGUCGUACCGGCAGUCUGUGUUGACUAUCCAGCAGCCUGGCCUGCUGGUUCCAGCUUGUCUCAGACUCUUCCCCCUCUUCAUCCUUGCCCUACUCAAACAGAAAGCUUUCAGGACAGGCACCAGCACCAGGCUAGAUGACCGGGUGUUUGCCAUGUGUCAGCUGAAGUACCAGCCGCUGACCUACUCCAUGCUGAUGAUCCACCCUGCUUUGUACCGCAUCGAUGACUUGACAGAUGAGGGAGCUUUGAAUAUCAACGAUCGGACCAUCCCUCAACCGCAACUGCUGCAGCUGUCUGUGGAAAAGCUCAGCAGGGAUGGAGCUUUCCUCAUGGAUGCUGGCAUGGUGAUGUACCUGUGGAUUGGACGGAACUGCAACCCCAACUUCCUCAUGCAAGUCCUGGGAGUUCCAAACUACGCUGCCGUGCCUGAAAACCUGUACAUGCUUCCAGAGCUGGACACCGCAGAGUCGCAAAGAAACAGAGCUUUCAUUGGUUGGCUGAGGGAACAGAGGCCGUUCUACCCAACCCUGCAUGUCAUCAGGGACGAAAGCCAGCUGAAAGCCAGCUUCAUGCAGAACAUGAUCGAAGACCGAACAGAGUCGGCCCUCUCCUACUACGAGUUCCUGCUGCACAUCCAACAGCAAAUCUCCAAAUAACCUACAGUGGAACUGUGCAGACGGCCACACUGAAGCAAGGAUGUUCAUCAAGUGUAUGUGUGUGCGUAUAUAUAUGUGUGUGUGUGAGUGAAAGUAGUGGGAGGCUGAAUUUGCCUCUUGCUCCAUCUCCAGCUCUGGUCCACCGUCUCUCUGAGAAAACCUCUUCUGCGCUGAACUGAUGUAAAGCGUCACUCAAAUCAAACUAUGCGACGAAUGGGGCGAGGAUGGAGAGAUGAGAAAUCCAUUCUAAUGCUUAUUUGGCACUUUUUACCCAGCUGAAGCAAUGCAUUGGAAGGAAGAAAAGAAGAAAUCAACGAAGAUGAUGAUGAUAAUUAUGUAUGUCAAUGAUCGAAUGAAUCAGUGUUUAUUCUCAUAGAACAAUGCUGUCUAACUGAGGUAUCGUUCAGAUACAGUCCAGGCAAAUGGUUGUGUGAAGUGUGUUUGUUCACAAAGCACAGUUGUCUUUACUAAAAACAUGUCAAAUGUAUGUAUGUAUGUAUGUAAGUAUGUAUGUAUGUAUGCUUAAGAAUAGGUUUAUGAGGAAGGCUAGUAUUUCUGCGCUCAAAGACUGUUAUUGGGUGUCACCUGGAGUAUUUGUAUACAGAACACCUGAGCUCUAAUAACACUCUAAUAUCGUACCUGAAGGACAGAAUGUGUGAUUUUAAUUUCUCAGUCAUUAUAUCUGUGUGUGUCGAACAAAUCCGAGGCUCUGUUGUAAAAGGCAGAAUUGUUUAAAGGUGUUUGGAAGUGGACUGACCUCGCCGUCAUCGGCUGCCUUGAAUGUGCGGACUCGGCAGCGGAAAGUUGUUUCAUUGGUCUGAUCUGUCCUUCAGAAACUCUUUGUCAUCCUUUCUCUUUCUGGACACUCAGAACACCUGUGACGACAUCGCUGUUCUGUUUGUUAACCUUUUCUUUUUUUUCUUUUUUUUUUUUUUCUCUGAUUGUUUAAUUUAUGAGACUCCCAAUCUGAUUAAAUUCGAUAAUUGCCUUGUAUGGGAACUCACUUUUUAUUAUUAAGCUUCUGUUUAAAUACAGACACUAUAUAUGAAAUAUUUUAAUAUAAUAGGAUAUGGGAAAUUCUUUAACACAGACAUAACAAAGCCAUUGUGAUCUUUUAAUCAUGCUUAUUGAUACUUGUAUAUUGAAAAGAAUGCGUUAUAUAUAGGUGAAGAUAUGCUGAUAAUUUUAGUAUAAACAUUAAGGUGAAAUGACUAAGAAAAUAAAAUGUUUGGGACUUUUUAAAUGUAGUUUGUGUUUUGGUGAGUGGACAGCGUUUAUUCAGUGAAAACUAUAGAGCAGAUUAUGGACCAAUUUAGUCAGUUUUUCUAUUGACUUAACUUGAAUGAAGGUUUUUGAUUUGGUCUGAUUUCAUACAGUUUGUAAUCUAUGUAUUAUAUAAGCAAGAUGUGUUUAGAAACAGAAAAAUAUGUUUUGGUCUUCAUGCACAAAAUUGUCUUUCAUAUGAAACUGAUCAAAAAUAAACAUAGCCUGUGUUUGUA